AUGUUUCUUGCAGAGGAGCCUAUAUCACUAGAGGAGGCAGCUCUAUCCGCGCAUGCGAUGGCGCAGCCGAGCAAGAAGAGCUAUGUUCAUGGCUGUUCGCAAAUCCCAUUGCUUUUCGAGACUGUCGGCGAACGACUACGAAGUGCAGUCGAUCAGGCUCCAAACAAGGAGUUUGUCAUCUUCAAAAGGGAAAAUAUUCGACGAACAUAUCAUCAACUUCUCAAAGAUGCGGAGCGCCUCGUAUGUGGUCUAAUUCACCUGGGGGUGGAGAAGGGCGAUCGAGUUGGUAUCUGGGGUCCGAAUACUUACGAGUGGGUGACGGCUCAGUUCGCCACUGCACUCGGCGGAAUGGUUUUGGUGAACAUCAAUCCUUCAUAUCAGUCAGAAGAGUUGCGGUUUGCAUUGGGUAAGGUUGACAUCAAAGUAUUGAUCGCUCCACCCAGCUUCAAAAAGUCAAACUAUUAUCAGAGCGUUAAGGAUGUGAUUCCUGAAAUUGGAUUGAAACCACCCGGAAGGAGUGAUGUGUCAUCAUCGUGUUUUCCGAUCUUUAGACACCUAAUCAUAUUCGAUCCAGAGGAUAAAUGCUAUGUCGAUUUCAGUGGAGCCUGGAGAUACAGUGAUGUGAUCCGAAUGGGAACUGAAGAGGAUCGGUUGAAGUUGGCGAAAAUUGAACGCGAAACUCAACCUGAUGAUCCAAUCAACAUACAGUACACAAGCGGCACAACUGGUCAACCGAAGGGUGCUACACUAACGCAUCAUAACGUUCUUAACAAUGCCUACUUCAUCGGAAUUCGUGCUGGUUAUAAUGAGCAGAAGACGAUCAUCUGCAUUCCGAAUCCACUCUAUCAUUGUUUUGGUUGUGUUCUCGGUGUUUUGGCUGCUUUGACACAUCUACAGACUUGUGUCUUUCCAGCGCCGUCGUUUGAGGCGUUAGCAGCUCUUCAGGCUGUCGACGAUGAAAAAUGUACUGCUCUUUAUGGUACACCGACGAUGUUCAUCGAUAUGCUUAAUCAUCCCGAAUAUCAUAAAUAUAACUACGACAGCAUCAGAUCAGGCUUUAUUGCUGGCGCCCCUUGUCCAAUUACUCUUUGCCGACGUCUCGUCAACGAAAUGCACAUGCGAGACAUGCAGGUUUGCUACGGUACAACGGAAACAUCGCCAGUGUCGUUCAUGUCAAUUCGUGACGAUCCACCUGAACAGCGUAUUAAAAGUGUAGGACACAUCAUGGAUCAUCUAGAGGCGGCCAUUGUCGAUAAACACGGUAAGACUGUACCUCGUGGAGAGAAGGGCGAAGUGAUUGUACGCGGUUAUUCGGUGAUGCGAUGCUACUGGAAUAAUGAAGAGCAGACAAAAAAGGAGAUCACCGAAGAUCGUGACAUUGCUGUCAUGCAUGACAACGGAACGAUUUCAAUAGUUGGCCGUUCGAAGGACAUGAUAGUUCGCGGCGGUGAGAACAUCUACCCGACCGAAGUCGAACAGUUCCUCUUCAAACAUCCAAAAGUCGAAGACGCACAUAUCGUUGGUGUUCCCGAUGAAAGGUACGGAGAAGCGGUAUGUGCAUGGAUUCGGCUAAAUGAUUCUGCGGUUGCUGAGGUAACCGAGGAUCACAUUAAAGAAUGGUGUAAAGGAAAGAUCGCCCAUUUCAAAAUUCCGCGCUACAUCCUUUUCAAGAAGGAGCACGAAUUUCCACUGACGGUUACGGGAAAAGUGAAGAAGUUUGAAAUUAGGGAACAGUCAAAGCUCGAACUUGGUCUACAGCAGGUCGUGUCACAUUUCCAAGAGAUGUGA